UCUCUUUGACGAAAAUGGGAUCCCAGCGCAACGACGUCGCAUAGGCCAUAGACGAAUCUCUCUUCUGUCUUUCUUUCUUUCUUCUUCUUCUUCUCCCUUUUUCUUACUCGUUUCUACGCAUCUUCUUCAAAAAAUGAGAAUCGCUGUGAUCUCGCUGUCAACUCUGGGCGUGAUCUAGCUAAAAUCGGUUGGCGAAUUUUAUAUCUUCUGUUCCAGUUUCCAAGUCUCAAUCUCUCGGCCAACUCUUUUCUUAGCAACUAAUUUUUUUUUUCCCCUGACAUUUCAACUGUUCUCGCCGAUCUUUAUAUACUUUAUAUGUUUUCCUUCCUAUAAUCUGGGAUUUUGAAAGAUCUUAGGUGGUUCUCGGGGAGAACAAGAGAUAAGAAAAAUGAAGCUGUGGAGCUGGGUUUUGAUCUUCAUUGUUUGUAACCUCACUUUCUCGACGAUUUCUGCUUUCCGUUUGAGUCGGAGUCAACCAACUGAGCGAAUCUCAGGUAGUGCUGGUGAUGUGUUGGAAGAUGAUCCUGUGGGAAGGCUGAAAGUCUUUGUUUAUGAGCUUCCAAGUAAAUACAAUAAGAAGAUACUUCAGAAAGAUCCGAGAUGUCUUAACCACAUGUUUGCUGCUGAGAUAUAUAUGCAGCGUUUUCUUUUGUCUAGCCCAGUUCGAACACUUAAUCCCGAGGAAGCUGAUUGGUUCUACGUUCCUGUCUACACCACUUGUGAUCUCACUCCUAAUGGUCUUCCUCUCCCUUUUAAAUCUCCACGAAUGAUGAGAAGUGCCAUUCAGCUCAUUGCUUCAAACUGGCCUUACUGGAAUCGCACUGAAGGAGCUGACCACUUCUUUGUCGUGCCUCAUGACUUUGGAGCCUGUUUCCAUUAUCAAGAAGAGAAGGCAAUAGGAAGAGGAAUACUAACCUUGCUUCAACGAGCUACACUGGUGCAGACAUUUGGUCAAAGGAAUCAUGUUUGCUUGAAAGAGGGUUCAAUCACUGUUCCUCCGUAUGCUCCACCACAGAAGAUGCAGUCACACUUAAUUCCUGAAAAAACUCCUCGAUCCAUCUUUGUUUAUUUCAGAGGAUUGUUUUAUGAUGUGGGAAAUGAUCCUGAGGGUGGCUAUUAUGCGAGAGGCGCACGAGCAGCUGUAUGGGAAAACUUCAAAGACAAUCCGCUGUUCGACAUCUCAACAGAGCACCCAACAACAUAUUAUGAGGACAUGCAGAGAGCAAUCUUCUGCUUAUGCCCGCUUGGAUGGGCCCCAUGGAGUCCAAGACUGGUGGAAGCCGUGAUCUUUGGUUGCAUCCCUGUGAUAAUAGCAGACGACAUUGUGUUACCUUUUGCAGAUGCGAUCCCUUGGGAAGAGAUUGGCGUGUUUGUGGAUGAGAAGGAUGUUCCUUACUUGGACACAAUACUCACAUCGAUCCCACCAGAGGUUAUACUGAGGAAACAGAGGUUGUUGGCAAACCCAUCCAUGAAACAAGCAAUGCUGUUCCCACAACCGGCUCAACCAGGAGAUGCGUUUCAUCAAGUGUUGAAUGGGUUGGCUCGUAAGCUGCCUCAUGAAAAGAGUGUGUAUCUGAGACCAGGUGAGAAGCUGUUAAACUGGACAGCAGGACCGGUCGCUGAUCUGAAACCUUGGUAAGGACCAGUGUUGGAAUUUGAUUGAAUGAUUCUAUUGGUUGGUUGGUUUUGUUUCUUCGUAUGUCUGUAUUUUGUAGAUUCAGAACCUUUUUUUGUUAUAUAGAAAGGACAAAGCUUCAUCAUUGUAAUGAAAACUAGAAUCCUUUUGAGAGAGUCUAAUACAGUAUCUCAGUAUAGAGAAGA